AUGGUACACCGGGCUGACAUCGGACUGGUCAGUAUGGUUCGCCAAGGGGAUUCUGGCCCUUCAGUUGCUGCCCCCCAACUCAAGUGCAGGUAUAAUCUCAUCACAGAUGGAGUGACCAGCGUGCCUGAUGUGGCAGUGUGCGAGACUCUUUUGAACCAGCUCCGCAGUGGAACCAUUGCCUGUUCUUUUGUUAAGGUAGGCGGCACAUACUCCUACGACUGCAGCUUUGGUUAUGUCCCAAAUGUGGAACUUAUGAAGUUUAUAUCCUUGGCUAGCUUCGGCUCCUACCUAGCCAGCUGUCCGGAAGUAGACGUUGACAGCUUGGAGAUGAACUCCUAUCACAAGGCCCUCCUCAGCUACUCCUUCCUAAAGACAACGGAGUCCAUGUUCUCAGAGUACUUCUGUGUGAGCCAGCAUAAGUUGUUCAAUGAGCACCUGGUGUCCACCAGUGGGAACCCAGCCCUGGUGAUGCGCAGAAAGAAGCACACGGAGAAGGAGGUGCACGCCCACCUCAUUAGCGUGGUCUCUGUGAGACUCCGAGAGGGUUACACCAUCAGGGAGAUCAACCUAACCAAAGGUGGCAGUCAGCUGGAGGUGAAGCUGGUGUUGCUAUGGAAACACAACAUGAGCAUCGAGUACCUGGCGGCCGCUGCCUGGCCGCUGGAUCCUGACCUGCGCAACACUAGGGUUGAGGUGAUAAUGGAGGGGAGCUACGACAUCCUGCAUGACAUCAGCUGCACGCAGAAGAAGCCCAUCACUAGCCCCUACCGCACGUCCGUCAUCCGGCGCUUCUGGAACACUCUGCAGAGUAUAAACCAGACAGAUCAAAUGCUGGUGCACCUGCAGGCCUUCAACUCUCUCCCUGAGAAUUACAUGAUCCCAGAAAGCACCAAGAAUGGAGUCCCACUCUUCUACAUACCUCCGGGGUCAACAACACCGGUUCUGUCCUUGCAGCACAGUGGAUCCAAAGAUUCGUCCCGUUCACUUUUUUCCUCCUACUGGAAGCCCAUCCUUUCCAUGGAUGCCAACUUCUGGCAGAGGUGGCUGCACAUGCACCGCAUCAGUAUCAUCCUGGAGCAUGACAUGCCUCUACCGAAGCACGUUCAUACCCCUGGAAACAAUGGGCGCUUCAGUACCAUUCAGUGUCGCAUCUCCCACUCCGCUCUUACAUCCCUUCUCAAAGACUGGACCAGCUUUGUCUUGGUUGAGGGCUACUCCUACAUUAAGGUCAUUUACAGUUCGCCUGAACACCCACCUUCCUCUUUCUACCUGGUGCGUCUGAUCUCCAAGACCCCUUGCAUGGUGCUGCGCCUGGGCUUCCCUAUCGGCACUCUGGCCCACAUCAGGAACAAGAUUGUGGAUGAGCUCCGGGACCAGAUCCUUAAACUGCGCUUCCCUCAUCGUGUUCAAAACAUCAAGGAGGUUACUCCCAAGACUAAGAGGAAGCUACCUGGCCAGCCGUCGCCAUCCAAGUCCCCCUCUCUCCCUGUCCCCAAGCUGGCCUUGUCAGACAGACCCUGCGUGGUGGUGCUCAACAAGCCCCUGGAGAGACUGCUGAUAAGGUAUGACAAGCUACCGCUGGACUUCCAAGUGCCUUUCAUGUUCAACAUGGAGAACCCCGCUCACGUGCCUAACACCGGGACCCCGCUCAACGUGGCUGCCAGCCGCUCCGCCUCGUCCACGCUGGCCUCCCUUUCCCGCUACUUCUACCACCGGCGCUGGGUCUGGGCCAUGCAGAGGAACCAGGGCCCCGUUGUGUCCAUCCAGGCCAUGGGUCACAUCCUCUCCAUUCUGUCUGAAAUCAGGUUGUCAGAGGGGUUUCACUUUGCAGCCAGUGGAGAGGGCAUUGUCAACAUGGUUCUCGAGCUUCCAAUGAAGGGCACAUCUUUGGACUUGGACAAAGAGAGUCAUUCAUGCAUGGUUCAAUACAUCUUGUUCCCGCCCCACUCCAACGCUACCAAAGAUAGUUUCUCCACCGACGAUGACAAUGACACAGAGGUGGAGGCCAUCGACGCGGAUGUGGAGCUGAACCUGGUGACAGAGUGUUGGGUGGAGCCGCAGACUGGGACAGUGCUGAGCCACACUGACCAGCAUCACCAGUACCAUGGCCUCAAGUACCAAGAGAUCCCUCAAGCGAUCUUCCCAAAGGAUUUGUCCUGCAUGUCAACCAUGUUGACAUUUGAGUACCUGAGCCAAAUGUGUCAGAACAAGGACCAGAUGCAGCCCAUAGUAGCAGACCUCCACGAUGGGGAAGGAGAGUUCCUGGCAUCUGAAGACAGAAUUCUAACUGUUCCGUUUCAGUUUGACCUCAUCCAGCUGCUCCCCAAGUGUCAGCAGAUAGAAAUGUUCUUCCUCAUGUUUGGCAAAGUGGAGAAUGAGGAUGCAAACCAGGGCCUCUCAUUCCUGCCCAAUGACAUGCUGCUCAGCCUCUUCCACAGCAGUCUGGAGCAGGACCUCAGCGACCGAGAGAUACUGCUGGCUGACAGUGACCAUCUGUUGUUCAUUCAAAACAUCCUGGAGCGGGAGCGGGAGGGGCACGUUGCACCGUUUUCGUUGCCCAUUCUUAAAGAGGAGUACCUCGGGACUCCAGACCGGCAGGAUACGACCAUGUCCUUCCACACCAUCAGCAGCAGCCAGGAGGUGACGGGCUCCACAAGCACUUUACAGAGCUUCAGUAACGUAGACCUUGUGGAUGAGGAGCCGGUCCAACCGGGCCGGCGCUAUGCUGCCCCCCAGUGGAGGUGCUACGCCAAGUACAUAAGCUCCCAGCAGAUCUUUCUGACCUUCCUCCCCACAGCAUUAACAGAUGUUGUAAUGUUGAUGUCCUCGGAGGCGGGGGCAGAAGCGGAAGGCAAUGUGGACGUAACCCAGACCAAUGAUUCGCUCCAUGACUCGGUGGGCGGAGCCCAGGCCGAAGCCCUGUCUUUCUACUUGAGCAGAGGGGAGCAGUCUGACUGUUCCCGGGGGGCGUCCCCUGGUCUGGAGGGUGAGGGGCCUACCCCAGACUGCCUCACCCUGCACCAGGACAGCAGGGACAGGAGGCGCUCGGAGACUGAAACCCCAAGGCCCCAGUCAGGUCAGGAGAGCCGUGUUCCUCUUGUAUUCCCAGAAAAAGAGGGAGUGCAGUUUUGGGAGCCCCAGGUGAGUGACGUCAGUCCUCCAUCCCAGCAGAGGCCAGCCCACGGAGGCCACCUGCGCUGCCCCGUUUACGUCUACCACGUCUCUCUGGACCACCUGAAGGACCAACUGGUCCACCCCACCUCCAGCCGACAGAGCCGCGAUGUGUUCAUGAGGUCGCUGUCUCAGGAGCGCAGCAGCAUGUCUUCCUGGACAGAUUCUCUAACCCAGUCUCACAAGCACAAAGAGCUAGCCAACUAUUGCAGUCUUCUUCAGGAGCAUUACCACCAAAGCUAUGUCAAAGGUGUGUACCGAAGCCUGCAGCAGUCCUAUAACAUCUGCUCCCAGGACCUCCUGACAGCGAUGGACUAUUGUGAGGAAUCUCUCCAGGAGAUUGAUAUCACAUCCUUCCUGCAGACCCUCUGUGGCCACGUCCGGGACUUUCAGGAAAGUGCUGACAUUCAAAGUGAGGAAAUUCCGGGAAAUUCCACAAGAUCCCCGAUGUUGGUCAUCGGUGAGACAGAGGAAGAUGGGACUUCUUCCUUCUCACCCAGUGUUGAAGUGACAAAAGGAAAAGAACCAUGGGAGGAAUCGUCCACUGAGCAAGCAUCUCCAGCCAUCCUGGAGGAGAACAGGACUAACAAGAGCCAAGACCUCCUUCUGUCUCUGCUUAGGACGCAGCACACGUGUGAGGUGCAUCCGGAUCUCAACAAAAUAAUACAGGACAAGUUUACUGAAAUUGGAUCUCAGUAUUUCAAGAUGGUGCCCUUAAGCCCCCACUACUUCUUCUAUUGUCCCCCGUCAUCAAAGAAUGAGAAGGAUUCUGAUGGAGACGAGAGGAGACCCAGUGAGGAAUUGAUGUCUGAACACGAUCCAGUCACUGAGGAUGAGAACCUGUCGGGCUGCUGCAUCGUGACGGAGAGCGACACCGACCUGGAGGUGGAGUACCAGGAGGGCGGUGCCGCCAAGUCGGACGGGGGCGAGGGGGACGACAGGUCACUGUCAGAUUCGGACACCGUCAACCAGGAUGAGGACGAGGACGACUCCUUCAGCAUCCUGGACGCAGACUCCCUCCUGGAGCCCGAGGCCACGUCACAGGAGAUGCCGCCUCUGUUCGUGCACCUCACCUGCUCUGUCAACCUGAAGAGCUGCCAUGGGUCCAAGCCCAUACAGACCCUGCCCACCUGCCUAGCUGAAGUGUUAUCCUGCCUGGACAAUGCAGAGUCCCUUCAGAUUGUAGAUUUGAACGAGCUCUCGGUUACGUUGGACAUUUUUGUCCUGACGCUACCAUCCGAGAUUGAAGUCAUGGCAGACUUCCAUCACAACAGGUACACAUCGGAGAGCAGUGUGUCUCUGAACCGUUCCCCUGGACAGCCCUCCUCAUACCGCUCGGAUGAGGAGAUGAUGUGUGGGCUGGACGACCUCAGAGGAACCAACGUUAACGGGGUCACUGGAGAUUCUCUGUCCAAACUGCCAAUGCCACAAAAGCUGGCUUUGCUGGCUACAAUGGAAGAGAUCCGCUGGCUCCUGGAGGACGAGAUCGUGUCGGCGCUGAGGUGCUCGCAGGCCAUCAGCUCGACCGUCCUGCAGAAGGUGGCGGACCACGUGGUGCGGUCCAGCGGGCGGAUGUGCUGCCAGCACGAGAUUGUCCCCCUGCAGUUUGUCUUUGGCCCAGAGCAGUCCCUCGAGAAAUUCAGACAGGAGUUCCGCAGAAUAUCCUUCCAUGGGUAUGUUUUGAACGGUGAACAAGACAGCUUCCACUACAUGUCCCUGAGUCGAAGGGCCCUGGCUGGCAAGACCAAGGCAGACCACGCGUUGGACCUCCGCCGACAGCUGGACUUGUGUGCCAUCAGAGUGAACGCUGGAGACAAGUCCGGGUGUAGUCAGGCUUCUCUCGGGAAAGUCCCAGAGAAUGAAAAAUCGGUAGGAGCGACGGAGGCAGACAGUGAGGGCGAAGAGAUGAAGCCUUCUAACACCGAUUGCAGCCUGCCGUCUGGAUCCUCGACGGAUGGUGUCAAAGUGGUCAAGCAACAGUCUGAAGGCUUCCACUCACAGAAUUCCUCAACUAAGUCCCCCAUCAGCCUUAAUCUGCUGCCAGGACCCGUCAGCGCUGAGCAAGGCUCGGAGCCUUCCUCGCUCCCCAAAACCCCGUCCACUGUCAGCCUGACAGAGUCUUUGCAGUCAGCCACCCAUUGUAGUGGAAAACUAAGAACUAACCGUGUCCAAAGUGUGGUGUCCAGCCAAGGAAGUCUUGAUUCAGACAUGUUGGGGUACGAUGGCGACAGCAGUGACUCGGAAAGCGAAAGCCCCGCGUUGGACGAACAGGAGCCGAAGGUGUUACUCAUGCCCAACUUCUGGCUCAUCGUUAGGAUCCACCAGGACAGGGUGGAGGUGUACUCCCACUCUCGGAGCUUCACGGAAGACAAAGAUGAGCUGGAGAAACCGGCAGACCUUCCCGAGUACCUCAAGCUGCAUCAGAUGAUGGUGCGCAAGAUCAGUGAUAUGUGCAGAGUCGUCAAUCAGCGCAUGCUGUUGCAGGAUCUGCACGAUAGACACGUAUGCAACUCUCUACUGGUGGCGGAGAGCGAAGACGACAUUUGGAAGAACGACUCCCUCUACAGGCAUAGGCAUGCCAUCUCGGAUGAUUACACUACUGAGGAGAACUACCAACCCAGAGACUACCUGGCUGCCACCAUGGAGUUCAUCCCUGGAUACUUUGCCUGCGAAGUGGUGUGGAGCACCAUCAUCCUCAUCCACCCGCGCCUCAAGAUAGGGCCCAACAUGGGUGUGUCGCGAGCCAUUCAGGCCUUGCGCUCUGUGCUAAAUUCCUUCUGCGUGGGCAACAGGAAGAACAUGUUUGUCUACCAGGAGCGAACAACUAAAUCUGUCUUCUAUCUCAGGCUCUCUGAGACCUCUCAAGCGGGGAAGUACUGUGAAAUGGAGGGCAACCUCUCCGCCAGUCGUUCGCUAGGACUGUCAAGGAGUCAGGAGCCUUCGGAGGAGAUGAACUACCAGAGGUCUCCUAUGGAGAGCUCUCGGCCGAUUGGUCUGGUGGACAAACACAUCCUACUGCUGGUGCAUGGUGUCGGGGACGCAGGUCCAGAGAUAACCGAUGAGCUGGUCAAGUUGCUCCGCAAGCGUCUCGACGAGACCACUCUGGACAUCAUCACGGUCAUGCUGGUCAGGAACUGCAAGUUGACCCCCGCUGAUGUGGAGUUCAUCCAGCCAUUGGGCUCUCCUUCAAACGAAGUGAUGCAGUUCAGCCUCCCGCAGUACUGCUUGUCUAUCCUGCCGGCAGUAGCCCACUACAUCAGGCAGAAUCUCCUCAUCUUCCUGCAUGUCCCAAAGUACACAGACAGCAACACAGCACACCACUUCAAGCACUACUUCCAUGCGUGCAGUGGUUUGCCUGAUGGUGAUAUCUACCUCUACAAUAAGCCCGGUGGACAGGGGACCGGUGGCAAAGGGAUCGCUUGCAUCACGCUGUCGUUUGUGGAUGCUCAAGGGGGCGCUGUAGUGGUGCCAGCACAGGACUGCACUGCACUGCAGAAGCAGAACCCUUUCAACACCCCCCUCCACCCAGAUCAGUUUGAAGAGCUUACAGCUGUUUUUAAGAUGGAUUCUUCAAAUAGCCUCUCAGUGCCACAAAUGCAGGUCCGCUUUGAUGUCUGGGAGCAAGGCAACAUCAGCCCCUUGCAGCUCGGAGUCAAGCUCCAGGGAGCUCUCCGCCAUGCACUGUGUGACGUGGUCAUGGAGCUGAACCUGCUGCCCAACCCUCUUUGUUUGGGGGCCUUCUGUGCGGCGCCAAUAGUUCAUAAGGAAGAGAGUAAAGCAGUGUUCAGUCCCUCACCUGAAACAAAGGAGCUCAAGGAGACGCACCGCAUCAGCGCCCGUGUGUCCAAGAACAGCCCCUCCCCCAUCAUCCUACCCCAGGCCCAGGGGGGCACCCCCACCCCGGGGAGCAGCACGCCAGAGUCUACCACCCCCACUAGCAAGAGCGGUCGGCGCAGCUUCUGGGAGAUGCUGGGCAAGGCGGAGUCUUCGGAACUGGUGAGCCCAAAGACGACAGAUGACAUCGUGCCAGAGAAGGUGGAGGAGGGGAAGGUGGUGCGUCGUAGGCACAAGACGGAGAGUGUGAAGCAGCAGUGGAGCCAGGAGAGGGCUGGGGCGGUAGAACUGGAGCAGCUCCAGAGGAAACAAGUGUCCCAGUUAGAGGAGGGCGAUCUGGGCACCCUGCAUCCUGUUUACCAGUUUAUUUGCCAACCAUGGAUGACCUUCAUGGCUCAACUUGGCUGCACGUCAGUCCAGCAGUGUACAGCUGAAAUAGCGUCACACUUUCUGCUGCCUUCAGUGUUGAUGGAGAUUGUUAAUUUGGUCAGUUCACUGGCCAAUGAUACAACAGUGAAGGUGUUUGAGAAGCAAAGUCGUUCUCAAAGCACAGACGUCUUCGUCCCGUUGCCACUGGUGCAGCACUCCAGACCCGCUAGUUCGAACCCCAGGACCUUCAUUCUCGUCGGACGGAACUUCCAUCAGUGGCACUGCAGCACAGACCAAGAGCAAAGUUCAGAUGAGGAGCACAGCCCUUUGCUAAAUAGGUUCACACCUCAUAAAGGCCUCCAGCGCUUCGAGGCCUUGGAGCCAGCUGAUUGGCCUGGCCCGGGUACGGCCCAUGGAGGGGUAGCACCACGACAGAGGUUCCUCUUCAUCGCUGUGCAGGGCAAAAAGGUCACUCUCCACUGCUAUAACUGGCAUGUGGACCUUGGCUCCGAUUUGAACCGGAGGCUGGGUCAGCUUUUCAAGUGGCAGAACGCCAGGGCCCAUGUGGUGCACUGCCUACUCAACCAGAAGAUGGGCCUGUUCCAUCACUACUGCUUCUCAGACACUCCCAGCCAUGACGACUCCAAGCAGGAGCCCAACCCGUUCCUUAACCCUGCGGUGGAGCCUGACGCCCUGCUACGAAGCCCCGUGCCUCCAGUGACAAGCAAGGACCCGGGGCGGCUGGGCAGCUCCGGCCGCAGCCUGGCCCCCCUUCACUUCCCCUCAGAGCUGCUGCCGUUCGACGAGGCCCUGAGAGACAUGAGCACGGUGCGCCCGUUCGCCGUGGGUGAGCAGGACUGCCCAGAUGUCGUGACGAGGCAUGGGAACCAGCUUCUGGAGGUCAAGGCAGCCGAGCGCAGAGAAAUGGAGAAGCAGAUGAAGAUUGAGAACUUGUUUGUGACUUGGCAGCAGAGGUCUGCACAGUCCAACAUGCCUAUCUCAGCGGUAGACCUGGACAUUCUGAAGCAGUCCUCAAGGCUGGUCCACUACUGCGCCACCCCGCUCCUGUUUGAUCCCGCCUUCCGCAGGCAGAUCCAGGACGAGCAGUUCAACCGGCCCCCGGCUAAGAAGCGACACUGCUCCAGCGACUCAGCAGCCUCAGGACGCGACCGGAGCUACAGCACAGACUCAGCGGACACCAUACCCAGUCGGCUGAAGGAGGAGUCCUGGCUGCUGGAGCUCUCUAACACCUUCCUGCAGCAGUACAUCCAGUACCUGCAGAGCACAGGCUUCAUCCUGGUGCAGAUCCGGCCUCAGUCUCCUGCCCGCAACAGUGUUGCACGGGCCCGUGCUGCAAUGCUGAGCUCCAUGUUGCCUGAAGGGAGGAUGUCCUUCUCCUACGUCAAGCAGAAAAGCGAGGACAGCCCCAAGCAGAUCACAGCGAGUGGCACCACACCAUACCACCUCCAGAGGGCGCUGCCAGGGGGAAUCGUGCUCAUCGAGUUGACAUUCCAGGGCUGCUACUUUUGUGUGAAACAGUACGCCUUGGAGUGUACAAGGAUCCCCAUGGGCCAGACAGUCAACUCUCAGGGCACCUUCCUCACCAAACCCCGUUGCAAGCCGUUUCCAGAAGCCAUACCAGUGUCUGACUCCGCGCUCUCCAUGCUCUUCACCGAGGAGUGUGACAAGGUGCGGGACCUCAUGCACGUGCACUCCUUUAGCUACGACUACCACCUGCGUGUGGUCCACCAGCACCUGGUGGGCUGCCACAUGAUGCUCCGCCAGGGCUACCAGCUCACCCAUUUCCUGGAGGACUUCAUUUCCCAUCAUCCUGAUAUUCCCAAAUUUGGUCGCAAUCAUGUGUUUCAAGGGAGCUUCUCGGUCUCCACGGGGAUGAUCACGGCCCACCAGCUGUACAACUACAUCACGGACCACGCCAACACCUACAGCAUGAAGCCUGUCCGCAUGUCCAAGACCGCCUGCACCGCUGACGGCAAGAAGGGGGGGCCGAGCGCCGAGCAGCACGAAUAUGCCCUGGUGGCUCUGUGGAACAGGUUGUUACGGCGCUCUGGUUCAUAUAAGGACCCUGAAGGACUCCAACACUAUGAUGACUUUGACGUGUCUCUGCUCGUGUGCCACAAUGCCGCCCCCUUCGAGGAACAGCUGGAAGGAGACCGACACGUGCUCAAGCUCCGGUUCUACGUGAUCAUGACGAGCCAGAGGGAACUGUUCCCUCGUCUCACCGCCGACAUGCGGCGCUUCAAGAAGCUCCCCCCUCUGCUCCACCGCGACCCCGCUGACCCCUCCGCCAGCAGCAACAGCAGGUCAAUGGAGCCGGCCGAGCUCGGAGGAGGAGGAGGAGGAGGAGGAGGAGGAGGAGCGAAAGAUACGGACCCUUGGGAGGAGCACAGAGCCGCGACCGCCGCCUCCCCCGAGGCCAGCGAAUCCACGGCCCCGGUGGGGAUUCUAGCAUCCCUCAUCGGUGACGCCCGCGGCCUCCUGUACCCGUUCGCUCCGUUUCCCCUGCUCAACAGCGAGGUGCUGGCGGCGGAGCACCACAUCCAGGCCAGCGUGGAGCAGGCCAUGGGCCACUGCCGCCGGGACACCCUGUGGAGGAGGCUGUUCCACGGCGAGCAGCUGGACCUGGUCCUGGACAAGCUGAAGCUCACCAAGCUGUCCUUCUGCGAGCUGGAGGAGCUGCUGGAGAUGGUGGUCAGCCGCUCCAUUGGGGAAAUCGAUCCCCAGCUGGACUGCUUCCUCACCAUGAGUCCUGGCUGGUACCAGAGUCUCAUUAAAGUGCUGCUUUCCCGCUUCCCUCAGAGCUGCCGACAUUUUGAUGAAAAUGGCAUCCAGUAUCUGGCAGUACUAAAUCAGAAAUUUAUAGACUGCUUUGUCCUCGUUUUCCUUGACACACAAGCUGGAAAAACGAGUCUUAAAGUGGUGUUCCGCGAGCCGCUGCCUUCCCAACCGCAGGGAAGUACCAGCCCUCCACCGCAACUGGUGUCCAUGUACCACCACUUGGAAUCGGUCAUCAACACCGCCUGCUACACCCUCUGGACGGGUCUGCUGUAGACCCUUUGCUACAUCACAGGACUUCUCUGGGAUGUUUAGCAUGCAGGCUCAUGCUUUGCCUUCUACACAAAGUCAAAUGCAUUGGCACCUUUUGUGUGUGGAGACAGAUUUCUAACGAUAUUUUCCUCUUAAAAUAGAAUCUCCGUUCUUUGGAGGGUCUUGAAACACACUGAACAUGCAGGGGCGUUAAUUUGAAUAAUUGCUUGCCAAACAGUUGGGGGAAAACCUUUGUUUGUUAUGGGUUCAUUACCUAUUAUGCUGUAUAUGAGCCCUUUUAAAAUAGAACACAACUUGAGGCACAGGGAUUUAAUGCAGCACAAAUGCUGUUGAGUUAACAUGGUGAGAUGUUUUGACACCAAUACGGUUAAUAAUCCUGCAAAAAAGGGUCUACGAGGAAUUCAUUACCUACAGCAGUUUUGAUUUGCUUUAUUGCUUCACUCGCAUAAGCAGUCUUUAUUUAUAGUUAAUGUAAUAUAACCACUUUUUAUAAAUAAUUAAAAGCAUUGUAAAUACCUUAUUUUAAUAUACACUGAAAUACCACUACCAGUUUUUCUGGUGAAGGACAGACAGGUGAACUGAAUAGUGAACUUGUUGAGUGACAAAUGAUUCUGCUAAAUCACUUCCCGAACCAGACUCAGCUUACCUUAAAGUGCCUUUCUGGAUUUCUUGUUUUGUGUGUUUUGAUAGUAUUUGUUGCAUCUGCCCCCAAAUAUUAAACACACUCAUUUGGUCAAAUAAAUUUCAAAGGGCCUGUUAUUUGGUUUAAACAAAUUGACUGCUAUUUUCAAAGAGCUACACAAACAACCAUCACAAUUGUUCUUUCAUUAUUCGUUUUGGCUUUAAUUUCAUUUUUUUUGGUUUAUCCCAUUAUUUGGUUUACUUUGAAUAACCACCGUCAAGACUGAAGUAUGAUGAAGCCAGAUAGUCUUCAGGAACAGUUCAAACAUAAAAAUUAAGAUAUCAGUUCUAAAGUGGUUGCAUUUUUUAAGGAUGGAAAUUUGAAGGGGGCUUCGUUGCUUAUUACUAAUAGUUAUAUUGUUUGAAUAUCAAACAAAGGAGUGGUGGUGGUGGUGUGGUCAAAUAUGAAAUCUGAUGAAUUCAGAACGGUUACCCCCUAAGCAUUUUCCAUAUCACACCGUAACUGCAGUUAUUUUGAAUGUAUUGAUGGAUUUGUAUGAAUAAAACUCAAUAAAAUAGAUUGUCCUCUA